AUGAAGAACUGAGCGAUUUCCCGCCUUCGAGAGUUCUCUUCUUUUAUAUCUCGCCCGGUCGAUGGAGCAAACUUCAGAUAUUUUUCACUUCGAAAUUCUCCCACAACUCUCUGAAAAUCCAGAGCUUUAGGGUUUCGACCUCCGAAUCCGAUUAACUAGCGUUUGAACAACCCUUCUAACAAUCUCUGUUAGGGGUUCUUUCAGAAUACACCGUUUUCGUUUUUCGAAUUUGAGUGUAAUCUGGGUUUUGAGCUUCUGUGACCUCUUGCUGUAGCCUUCCCUGUAUCUGGGAACGAUGCACAUCAAGGAAAUCUGUCUGGAGGGGUUCAAAUCCUACGCGACGAGGACUGUUGUACCGGGUUUCGAUCUUCACUUCAAUGCAAUUACUGGGCUUAACGGUUCUGGAAAGUCCAAUAUUCUCGAUUCGAUUUGCUUUGUUCUGGGAAUUACCAAUUUGCAGCAAGUUCGAGCUUCAAAUCUUCAGGAGCUAGUGUACAAGCAGGGGCAAGCGGGUAUUACCAAGGCAACUGUGUCGAUUGUGUUCGAUAAUUCUGAGAGGAAACGGAGUCCACUUGGGUAUGAGGAUCACCAGGAGAUUACAGUGACCAGACAGAUUGUGGUUGGAGGGAGGAACAAGUAUCUGAUCAAUGGGAAGCUUGCGCAGCCUGUUCAAGUUCAAAAUCUUUUCCACUCAGUGCAGCUUAAUGUUAAUAAUCCACACUUUCUGAUUAUGCAAGGCCGCAUCACCAAAGUCUUAAAUAUGAAACCGCCGGAAAUUUUAUCUAUGCUUGAAGAAGCUGCAGGGACAAGAAUGUACGAGACAAAGAAAGAGGCUGCUUUGAAAACACUUGACAAGAAGCAAAAUAAGGUAGAUGAGAUCAAUAAUCUUCUUGACAAGGAGAUACUGCCUGCUCUAGAGAAGCUGAGGAAAGAACGAAUGCAGUACAUGCAAUGGUCAAAUGGAAAUGCUGACUUAGAUAGGCUUAAGAGGUUUUGCAUAGCCUAUGAAUAUGUGCAGGCUGAGAACGUUAGGGAUAGUGCAGUUAGUCAGGUAGAACAAAUGAAGGCAAAGAUUUCAGAGAUUGAUGACGGUUCAGUAAGGAUGCAGUCGGAAAUAAAAGAUUUGGAGACAAAAGUCACCACAUUGGUUGCAGAAAAGGAAGCCAAUAUGGGGGGUGAAGUAAAAACUUUAACAAAUAAAGUAGAUCUGCUAUCUAAUGAUCUGAUUAGGGAAACGACUGUACUGGAGCAUACAGAAGACACUCUCAAGGGUGAAAAGGAAAAUGCUGAAAAGAUGAUUAGUAAUAUAGAAGAUUCAAAAAACUCUGUGGAAGAGAGAGCCUCUGCUGUUAGAAAGGCUGAAGAAGGAGCUUCUGAUCUAAGAAAAUCAGUUGAAAAGCUGACUAAGAACUUGGAAGAUUAUGAGAAAGAAUAUCAGGGAGUAUCAGCUGGCAAGGGAAGUGGAGAUGAGAAGAAAUGUCUUGAAGAUCAACUAGGCGAUGCUAAAGUAGCUGUUGGGAGUGCUGAAACCGAACUAAAACAAUUGAAAACAAAAAUAAGCCAUUGUGAAAAGGAACUUGCGGAGAAAACUAAGCAAUUAUUGUCGAAGCGUGAAGAAGCUAUUUCUGUAGAGAAUGAGUUAAGUACUAAAAGAAAAGAUGUAGAGAAUGUCAAGCUUUCGUUGGAGUCUCUCCCAUACAAAGAGGGCCAGUUAGAAGCUUUACAAAAGGAACGUGCAUUUGAAAUGGAGAGAGUACAAAAGCUGAAAGAUGAGAUACGCAACCUUUCAGCACAAUUAGCUAGCGUUGAAUUCAAAUACCGUGACCCUGUAAAAAAUUUUGAUAGGUCAAAGGUCAAAGGAGUAGUUGCAAAACUUAUCAAAGUAAAAGAUAGUUCUGCAAUGACCGCCUUAGAGGUCACUGCCGGUGGAAAAAUGUUUAAUAUAGUUGUAGACAAUGAAAAUACUGGAAAGCAGUUGCUUCAGAAUGGUGAUCUUCGGAGGAGAGUAACAAUUAUACCAUUGAGUAAGAUACAAUCUAAUCCCGUUCCCCCAAGAAUUCAACAUGCUGCUGUCAAAUUGGUUGGGAAGGAGAAUGCCGAACUUGCACUUUCUUUAGUUGGGUAUGAAGAAGAAUUGAAGAGUGCAAUGGAGUAUGUAUUCGGUUCAACCUUUGUUUGCAAAAAUAUUGAUGCUGCAAAAGAGGUUGCUUUUAAUAGAGAAAUUCACACCCCAAGUGUUACACUUGAAGGUGACAUUUUUCAGCCAAGUGGUCUACUGACUGGAGGAAGUCGCAAGGGUGGUGGUCAAUUGUUGAGGCAGCUUCAUGAUUUGAAAGGGAUGGAAGCCGAACUUUCCAUGCAUCAGAAAAAAUUAUCUGACAUUGAAGCAAAGAUUUCAGAGAUCCUUCCACUCCAAAAAAAGUUUGCGGACUUAAAGGCGAAGUUAGAGCUUAAAAUGAAUGAUCUCUCGUUAUUUCAGACAAGAGCAGAGCAAAAUGAGCAUCAUAAGCUUGGUGAAUUGGUGAAGAGGAUUGAGCAGGAGCUUGAAGAAGCAAAAGCUACUGCCAAAGGAAAGGAACUUGAAUAUAAGGAUUGUGUGAAUGCUGUUUCGUUGCUUGAAAAAUCAAUCAAAGAGCAUGACAAUAAUCGAGAAGGAAGGUUAAAAAACCUUGAGCAAAUGAUUAAGGCGACAAAAUCUAAACUGCAGUCAUGUUUAAAGGAUUUAAAGGGGCAUGAAAAUGAAAGGGAGAAGCUUGUCAUGGAAAUGGAAGCUGUUGUACAAGAGAAGGCAACAUUAGAGGCUCAAUUAAUUGCUAUGAAAACACAAAUUAACAAUUUAACCUUGGAACUAGAAGAAAAGAGGGCCAAGGUACUUUCCAUAAAAAGUAAAAAUGAUCUGGCUCAGUCUGAGCUCGAUGCAGUCCGUUUGAAGAUGAAGGAAUGUGAUUCCCAAAUCAGUUGCAUUGUCAAAGAGCAGCAAGAACUUCAACAUAAACUUAGUGAAAUGAGUAUUGAGAAGAAGAAAAUGGAAAAUGAUGUAAAACGAUUACAGAUGGAAAGGAAAGAUUGUUCUGUUCGAGUGGACAAAUUGGUUGAGAAACAUGCAUGGAUUGCAUCUGAGAAACAGCUAUUUGGAAAAAAUGGAACUGAUUAUGAUUUUGAAUCACGUGAUCCUUGUAAAGCUAUAGAAGAACUCGAAAGACUGCAGGCUCAACAAUCCAGCCUUGAGAAAAGGGUGAACAAGAAAGUAAUGGCAAUGUUUGAGAAAGCGGAGGAUGAGUACAAUGAUUUGAUGUCCAAGAAGAACAUCAUCGAGAACGAUAAAUUUAAAAUAAAGAAGGUGAUCGAAGAAUUAGAUGAGAAAAAGAAGGAAACCCUGAAAGUUACUUGGGUAAAAGUUAACAGUGACUUUGGUUCCAUUUUUUCUACAUUACUACCUGGGACCACGGCUAAAUUAGAGCCCCCUGAAGGUUGCAGCUUCUUAGAUGGUCUUGAAGUACGAGUAGCAUUUGGUGGUGUUUGGAAGCAGUCAUUAUCAGAAUUAAGUGGAGGUCAACGAUCUUUGUUGGCACUUUCUCUAAUUUUAGCAUUGCUUCUCUUCAAACCAGCUCCACUUUAUAUCCUGGACGAGGUUGAUGCAGCUCUUGAUUUAAGCCAUACACAGAACAUCGGGAGGAUGAUCAAGGCUCACUUCCCACAUUCCCAGUUCAUCGUUGUUUCACUCAAGGAAGGCAUGUUCAACAAUGCCAAUGUACUUUUCCGGACCAAAUUCGUAGAUGGUGUUUCCACUGUUCAGAGAACUGCUACUGCUAAGCAAAACAAGUGAUCCUUGUACUGUACAAGAUCUUAGUCCCUUUUACUUCUUUCUUAUUUCUGUGGAACAAAUGACAUCUUUAUUGUUUUCCAUCAAACCCAUUACAAUGAUAUGUAAAUUAUUGCCAGAAAUUUCUGAACAUAUUAAACGAAAGUAUAUAGACGGCUGGCUUCAUUGACUGAGUAACACAGGUUGAUGACUUUUCCUUGCAAAAGUAUAAAAGUUGGUGAAGACCGCUAGUGGUAAAUCGCCGAACAGUCUCCGAGUCAAAAAGUGUUGUGGAGACCAAAACUUUGAAAUCUGUUUCCUCGAAAGUGAAGCCCUCCCAUUAGCGUAUUGGGUUAGCCAAUAUAUACACCACCAAAGUCUCUCUAAUCCCACACACCAUUUUGAGCUUUGUACAAUCAAAAACCAAUGGCUUCACCUACAGCUUUGGUUGCUUGGAAGAAGGUUGCCUUCUUGGCUUUCCUUCUUAUUGCUGUCAGUGUUUCUGCAAGAGAACUUGCUGGGGCUAACGUUGUCACACGCACAGCCCGUGAGAUGGCGGCGGAGCCCAAUGGUGUGAUAGGAGGCAGCAGAUUAAUAGCUCGACAAUUGGAUACCGCUUGGAGAGGACAUUAUUCUCCUCCUCCUCCUCGUUCUCCUCCUCCUCCUCCCCAUUCCUCCUAAGGGCAAGGUCUUGAGGUCUGUUAGUGUAUUUUAUCUUUAGUUACCCUUCUUUGCCCUUUUGGUGGGUUUGGAUAAUAAGGAUGUCUGAUCCACAAGUUUUAUGAAUUUCUUUUCCUGCAAGGUUGUGGCCUUUAAAGGCGUGGUGUGUGUGUGUCGUUGGAGUUAAAUUCAAGCUUAAUAAUCAGAGUUUAAUAGCAUACUACUCUUGUUGUUUACAGUGUUUCUAUUUUGUAAUUACUUAUGUCAAUGUCAGACACACAAAAAUAUGCAAUUUUAUCACUUAAGUGAGCAGUGAAUACAAAGAAAGAAAGAAAGAAAUGGCCGACUUCCUUGACUUCACAGCCCAAGUCGACGGAGGUAAGUGGUAGGUAGGAAACAGUCGGACCACCUGCCAACCUUGGCACUCUUAUUCUUCACCUUUUUCCUCUUAAAAUCUGAAGACGAGUAGCCUAAGGGGCAUGAAAUUACAACUCCUGCACUUCCUCCUCCUUCACUUCGAUGACUGAUCUCACUACACUUAGAGCUUCGUGGUAAAUAUUCGCCCUUAAAAUGUUGAGGGCCAAAUAUACCAACCAAUAGCUUACCAUGCUCUAACAUUUGGACUAGGGAUUCGAAAUCCUGGGCAUGAGGUGUUAUCGGCUUAAGGACGAACCAAAAUAGAAGUUGAUAGGCAUGUGACACUUGAGUAACGAAAGGUAUAUGAAUAAAUGGAGACUACAAAUAAGAGUGAUCUGGAGGAUAAAAUCACUAAGAAAGAAUUAAAAGAAUUAAAAAUCACGUGUAACUUCAUUUUUUUUUUGUGGCUUAAUUAUAAAAACUCUAAAUUAAGUACAUUGUAAGGAAAAAAACGAAAAUAUCCAGAGUAGUGUGAGGCCAUGAAACCCGAGUGUCAACCACUCAAAAUGGCCGACAUGUUUGACUCUUGGAGCUCAGGAGUGGAAGUGGAAGUAGGAACAGCCACAGCCACAGCCACAGCGACGAGCUGAAGUCUUGUAAGUUGGGGCAUCUUAAAUAUAAGUAAACAAAGUUAGGCCUUGAGCUACCUCCAAAAGCUUAUUAAAAAAAUGGCGUCCCCCAGGAGGAUCCGGAUUUCCCUUCUCUUGAGGCUGCUUUUCUUUGCUUUGCUUCUCGUUGCCUCUACUGCUUCUACAGCCAACAGCAAGGCUUUGCUCCACUUUCCUCGUACUCGCAAAAUGGCGAUGGAGGACGGACAGGUUGGGAAGGGUACAUCAAAGAAACCAACUGCUGAUGAUGUCCCAUGGGGAGGAGGCUAUGUUCCUCCCAUAUUAAGCAACCACCCUUGAUACCUCAUUUGUUUGGAUCAGCUCUGUGUUCUUCUUUUUGUUGCUGUUCUUGUCUUUUGGGGAGCAUCCCAUCCUAUCUUAUGUUCUUCACCCUACAAUAACUUUAAUGUUUCUCUUUUCUUUUUUAUUUUAAUGGAACGUUAUAUUACGUAACAAAA